CACGCCUCUCGCAUCGCUGACAAACGCGAAAAAUGCGCGCGAAUUGAAUACCUGCACGAGAAAAUUCAGAUUAUUUGCACGAUGGCGGACUCCGGAAAAAAAAGCAAACCAGAGAACUUCAAUUCGACGGCGGACCUUACAAGCAACGCCGGCUUUAAGUCUACUCUGAGUAUUUCGUCGAAGGAUCUCGAAAGCGAAAAGGCGUACAACCCCUUUGAGCAUCGGCAGCUGGCGCACCCUAAUUCUACCUUGGGAUCGAUAAUUCACCUGCUGAAGGCAUGCCUGGGAUCCGGAGUACUAGCGAUGCCAGCGGCGUUCAAGAACGCUGGCUUGGCCGGUGGUAUCGUGGGAACCUUCCUAGCUGGCGUGGUGUGUACCCACACUGUAUAUGUUCUGGUGAAAAUAUCUCAAAGUGUAUGUGUGGUUGCGAAGAAGCCGUCAAUGAGCUUUGCCGAAACCUGCGGGGCGGUGUUCUCGCACGGACCGACGAGACUGAGGCCUUGGGGUAACUUCGUCAAACUGUUGAUAGAUUACUCUCUAGCUAUGACCUACCUCAGUGUCCUGUGUGUCUACGUGGUCUUCAUCGGUUCAUCUUUCAAAGAGGUCCUAGAUUAUUAUAUGCCAGAGUACAACAUUUCGGUGCAAGUCUACUGCGCACUGACUCUGGUGCCUCUAGUCAUCAUCUGUCAAAUUCGAAACCUCAAGUACCUGGUUCCAUUCUCGGCUAUUGCCAACGUCAUGAUAGUGGUAGUCUUCAUCGUUACCAUGUACUACAUGUUCACCGACAUACCUUCUAUCAAGGACAGAGAAUUGGUCGCCAGUGCAUCAACGUGGCCUCUGUUUUUGAGCACUGUGAUUUUCGCGAUGGAGGGCAUCGGAGUGGUGCUGCCAGUAGAGAAUGAGAUGUCAGAUCCGCAGAAAUUCCUCGGCUGCGCGGGAGUGUUGAACACGGCCAUGAUUAUAGUGAUCACCCUGUAUGGUGUAUUCGGUUUCUUCGGCUACCUAAAGUAUGGUGAUGCGGUUAAGGGAAGCGUCACGCUAAACCUGCCUCAAGAUUCUUUCAUUGGACAAGGAACAAAGCUUCUGAUGGCUAUCGUAAUAUACUUCUCCUACACUCUCCAAUUCUACGUGCCAAUGGAGGUCAUACAAAGGUUCCUGUUGAAGAGGAAGUCGACCAACUACAAGAACGUCAUCCAAGUCGGCAUCAGAACGUUCAUUGUCACUGGCACUGUGUGCAUAGCGGCCGCUUUCCCAAAUCUGGAGAUGGUGAUUAGUCUCGUGGGCGCCGUCUUUUUUUCCACACUUGGUCUUUUCACCCCCGCCGUCAUCGAAAUCGUCUACAGAUGGGACAGGGGUCUCGGCAGAUUCAACCACGUGCUCAUCAAGAACAUCAUCAUCAUUAUCGUGUCUAUCAUCGCUCUGUUCUCCGGUUCCUACGUUUCGAUAAUAGGCAUGCUAGGGUCAAGAGAAACGGAAAGACAUCUUAACAGUACUUUGACGUAGAAAUUAAAUUGUACAGUUAAUUUCCCCUUUA